GUUUACACAUCUUUUUUAAUCAUAAAAGCAAUACUUAGGCUUUUGUAAUGUUUUACAUGAGUUAUUGACAUAAAUGUUGUCCAUCCAUUUUCUACUGCUUUUUCCCAGCAUCUUCAAGUGAAGGCAGGGGACACCCUGGACACAUCGCCAGUUAAUCACAGGGCUGACAUAUAAAGACGAACAACCAUCCAAGCUCACAUUCACACCUACAGGCAGUUUGAAAGUGGCAAUAACAAUGAAGUUAAAGGUACAGUGAGUAGUUUUUUAGCAGUAUUUACCAGCAGAUUUGGUAGAAAUAGUUUAUGAUACUCAUGUUAAAAUUCAAAGUGUAUCAUUCACUUGAAAGUCCUUUGAAUCACAAUCAGUUUUAUAUCUGAAAACUGCAGAAUCCUCAUGCAUUUGUGCAACAAACUCAAACUCACUGAUAACAAACAUCAGGACUGCAUGUUAGCGCAGCUUUAACAGCUUGGCAACUCUGGCAAAAGAGUCUGUAAUUCAUAGUUUAUUAUUAUUAUUAGUUUACAAUUAGCAAUACACAGCGGUCUGAGGAGCCAUAAACAAACCUCAACCAAAACACCACUCUAUAGCCACAAAUAAUGAACAGAACAGCACCUAACUUCAUCAACAGUAUUUAUAGGGUCCCAGCCAUAGCAUUAGCCACAAAACAUUCUUUUAACUUUACCUAAUUUCUUUAGCAAAGAGACUAAACACAACUCACCUAAUCUCUUCCAGCAGCCACUUGUUUGUAGCAAGACCUCAGGCCAGUCUAUUAUGGAUUACUGCAGGGUGACACAGCUCAAGGAAGAACAUUUAUGAUCAUUUCUUCAUGGAAAUGAAAUCAGACCGAGACGCUAAGACCCAAUAUGUAGUGUUGAUGAAGUUAGGUGCUGUUCUGAGCAUUAUUUGUGGCUAUAGAGUGGCGUUUUGGUUGAGCUCGUGGCUCUCUGUAUUGCUAUCGUGUGGUCGUUACUAAAUUUGGUAUAACUAGAGAAGCAAACGGUCGGCAACAUUCAUCCCUUGAAGGGUUGUCUAACUCUGUGUUACAGUGUGUCUGACCCUAAAUCAAUUUUACGCCGGAAUAUCCCUUUAAACGCAUGUCUAAUGUUUGUAUGUUUGUAAUGAUCAACAAACAUAGAGCCCAGGUUAUCCUUUUGAUUUGUUCAGUCACUUUUUCUCUUUUGGAUCUUGAAGUUCAGGGUCAACCUGGAGAAAAAGAAGUAGCUAUAAACUCUUUACCAGCUGAACAAUAAAACCAGUAACCUAUAUAAUAAACGUCCCUGCACCACUUCGCAGUUUCCUUGUCGUUCACUCAUUAUCAGCUCGGAGUAUUUUCUACAUUAAAUAUACUGUUACAACUUGUAACGCCAACCUCUCGCUUCAAUAAUUCACUUAACACUGAAUUAAUUAUUAAAAUAUGUUCAUCAAUCAGCUGCGGCCCGUCGAAAAAAACACACACCAGGUGCUCCUGUCUUUAACCAAUAGAAACACGAGAUCCCGCCCUCAUGCAGGGCCUCGACCAAUCAGGGCGCUACUUCAUCCAUUUCCUGUUGUGGACUGGAGUUGGGUAGAGCGUUCCUGUGGUCCAGAAUGAGAAUUAAAGACCACCGCAGGAAUGUGCACGAAUGAAUGAACUUUACCUCUGCACAGGUGAUACUCAUGACCGGGCCUCGUAUGUAAGUAAAAGCUCGUAUUCUCUAUUCUGUGGGUGUUAGCUUAAUGCUAACCGCAGCCUCUAAUGUAAACAGCUUAUAGCGGACUUUGCGGCAGACAGACGGGGCCAGAUCAGCUGUGUGUGUGUCUGUGUUUUGAUGCUGCAUAGCGGACUGUAACUCCAUCUGAUGGUUCUGGACGUAAAGGUUUGGAUGUGUCCUAGCAUGGGCUUCGCGGAGACGGCAGGUAUCGGCUGUUACACCUGAUGCCAUGACCCGUUUGUUGAUAUUCCCCUGACAACCGCGGACCGGAUCAGAUAUCCACCUUUAAACAGGUAAACUGCUGCUGCUGCUGUUUGACACACACUCUGUUUCUGAUCCUGGAUUUACUGAGAUCCGUGCAGGUCCUCAAAGUUUAAACCUUUGAAAACUACAGUCUGGUUUAAUUAAUAUGCAUACAUUUUUUAAUUUUCUUAAAAGGUAUUAUCGUAUUUUACAGGUAAUUUAAAAUAAAGUUAUAGCGGCUGCUUUUAGUGACAUUAUGGUUCAUUUUAUCAGAGUAAACAGAUUAAAGGCCUGUUUGAAUGAGCAUCAGGGACGGUCAAUACUGUAGCGGAUUAGUAUCAGUCGAUAAAGCACGAGCUCUUGACUUCCGGGCGGAGACUUCAAAUUAAGACGCCAUGGCAACCGUUAAGGUCAGUCAUCGUAAUAAUGAUUUACCGUCAUGAUAGUGAGAAAAAUAAGAACUAUUUGAAGAUUUAAAAGCCCAAAGUCUCAGAAAUAAAUCUGAAAACUGGAGGUGGAAAUUUAAGAAGGAAAUAAAUAAAACAUUUUUUCCUUUUUUAAAUUUGAGAUUAAAACCAUUGUACUCCAAAAGCACAUUCGAGAUAUGAUCCAAAGGUAUGUUAAAAACUUUUGAAAAAGCUAAAUAUUAGAGCUCUUGACUUGGGGCAGAGACUUCAAAUUAAGAUGCCAUGGCAACCGUUAAGGUAAGUAUUAGUAAUAAUGAUAAUUAACCGUCAUGAUAGUGAGAAAUAUAACUAUUUUAGGAAUAAAAAGCCAAAAGUCACAGAAAUAAAUCUGAAAAGUGAAGGUGGGAAUUUUAAAAGAAGAAAUAAAUAAAUACAACAUUUGUCUCUUUUACAUAUUCAAGAAAAUAAUAAUAAUUAUUAUUAUUAUUAAAUCCAUCCAUCCAUCUAUGUUCUACUGCUUAUUCCUGUUGGGGGUCACAGGGGGCUGGAGCCAAUCCUAGCAUCUUCGGGCGAAGGCAGGGGACACCCUGGACAAAUCCCCAGUUCAUUGCAGGGCUGACAUAUAGAGAUGAACAACCAUCUAUGCUCACAUUCACACCUACGGGCAAUUUAAAGGUCGCCAAUUAACCUAACCCCACUUCUGCAUGUUUUUGGGAUGUGGGAGGAAGCCGGAGUACCCGGAGUAAACCCACGCAGACACAGAGAGAACAUGCAAACGCCACACAAAAACGCUCUGAGUCGGUUUCCAACCCAGGACCUUAUUGCUGUGAGGCGACAGUGCUAACCACUUCACCACUGUGCCGCCCAUAAUAAUAAUAAUUAUAAUGAUAAUAACAACAACAAAAAUAAUAAUAAACUUUAUUUGAAUAGCACCUUUCUAGAACAGUUGUCACAAAGUGCUUUACAGUCAUUAAAGUAAAAAGGAUGAGACAACAAGACAUAAAACUCAAAGAAAAGUACACUAGUAGCCAAAGUCCUGCUUAUACAAAGGCAAGUGCAAACAAAUGGGUUUUCAACUGCUUCUUGAAUGUAUCCACAGUGUUCACAGUCCAGUUCUCGAGGGAGAGAGUUCCAAAGUUUCGGAGCAAAAAACGUUAAUGAACAGUAUCCUUUAGUUUAUAGUCUGGAGUCUGGUCCGGGGGACAGCCAGUAAACCCUGCUCAGAGGAUCUUAGAGUCCUGCUGGAGCUGUAAGGCUUCAGUAGGUGCUGUUCUGAGCAUUAUUUGUGGCUAUAGAGUGGCGUUUUGGUUGAGGUUUGUUUAUGGCUCCUCAGACCGCUGUGUAUCACUAUCCUGCGGUCGUUACUAGAGUUGGUAUAACUAGAGAAGCAAGCGGUCGGCAACAUUCAUCUCUUAAAGGGUUGUCUAACUCAGUGUUACAGUGUGUUUGACCCUAAAUCAAUUUUACACCGAAAUAUCCCUGUAACUGCAAAAACUACUCUGUAAAUAUCAUAUCAUUUUCUUCUUCCUCAGACUGUUUUCAGGAUGUAACCAUGGGGUGAUGAAGUAGACUUUCAGAAGGUUAAGUGCUCUCUCGCUCUCUUUGUUCAGGGGCCAUCAUGCCCAUCACGCUGCUGUGGGCCGUAGAUGUCUACGGCAGGGUGUACAGCCUCUCUACGGCCGGACAGCGGUGGGAGCGAGCAGACGACAUGCUGCUGGAGCUAAAGAGGGUCACUGCAGGGAAGGACCGCUGCUGGGGCAUUGGCUGUGACCACCAUGUUUACCUCAACGUAACGCCCAGCGAGACCCCCAUCCGCUACCGAGAGGAGACCUAUGAAAACCAGGUCUGUCUGAGCUGUUGGUCAUCACAGUGACUGUUCAGCACUGUGUGUUGUUAAGCUCAAGUGUUUAUGUCUGUGUGGUUUAGAGGUGGAAUCCAGUUGACAGCUUCACUGACACUCUGCUGCCCACUGACCGCUGGCCAUGGAGUGACGUAACCGGGAUGAAUCCUCAGCCGCUCCACAGCUUCCAACUUCCCACCCGCAGCUGGGAGUGGGAGGGGGACUGGUAUGUGGAUCAGAGCUGCGGAGAACCCAGCCAGACAGGGGUAAGAAAGGGAUUUCUUUUUCCACUGACGAUCAAUAACAUCUCAAGUGUUUUCCACAUUCUGUCUACGGUAACUGAACUCUGUGUGUCUCCUCAGGGCUGGGAGUAUGCCGUGGAUUUUCCAGCAAACUUCUCUCCUGACAAAAAGUGGAAUUCAUGUGUCCGUCGCAGGCGCUGGAUCCGUUACAGGAGAUAUAUAGCACAAGGCACCUGGGCCAAGGUUUGGACAGUCGUUACUCGUUGGAAAAGUUUUUAUUUUGGCUGUUUAUGUUCUCCAAAGUUUAAAGCCCAAACCUGAGAGGCUGAAAUUUAGGAUGAAAAGUGGAGUUCAGGUCACAUGAUAUCAAUAAAAAAGUCCUCUUUUCCUCUUCAGAUCCCUCUGGACAAUCCCAGAAAGCCGCCUCUGCCGCUCUGUGACAUCAGCUGUGGCGGUUGGGAGAUGAGCGACCAGUCUGGAAGGUACCCCUACCUGUGGGGAGUGUCCCAGCAAGGACAGGUGAGCCUGAUGGACUCAACAUGCUUUUCUACCAAGAACUUUGUUUUUGCACAGUGUGUUUCCCCUGCACCUGCUGAACGCUCAGGUUUUAUAGCGUUUGAUGUAUAAUUGCCUUAUUCUUAUAGUUACAAUUGGAAUAUCUGAACUAAUGAGGGAAAAGCUGCAACUUUAGGUCAGAUUCUGCAGCAACAGGCGAAUUACUCUGCUCCAUGUGAAAGAAGCUUUGAUUUUUAGCCACUAGAGGGCAGCAUGACACCAUGCAAUUCACAAAGUCAGGCUCUGGGUUCUUGCUGGUGCAAGUCUUUGUAAACCAAACACUAUGUUUAACGCUGCCCACCAAGGUUCAUAAAGGUUUUAUCUUCAUCCUGCAGGUGUGGUUUAGGGAGGGCAUCCACCCUCGGGUCCCUGAAGGCACCUCCUGGGAGGAAGUAGAGGUCCCCAGAGAGGUUGCUCAGCUAUCAGCGGGUCCUGGUGACCUGCUGUGGGCUUUACUCUGGGAUGGAAACCUGCUGGUCCGAACUGGUCUCACCCUGGACAGUCCAACUGGUCAGCUUUAAUUUCAGUCAACUUUCUGAACUUUUCAAUAAUGAAGAUAUUUCCAAUUGUUAAAAAUCUGAAAUAAACAUAAAAGACAAAGUAUUAUGACAUUUAUUUUACAAGUUGUUCUGCAACAGUGACGAUAAAAGCUUCAAAGCAUCAUCUCUCCUCCAUCAGGUACAUCGUGGGUGGAGGUGGAUUCACCGGUGAAGGAGGUUGAAGCUCUUCAUGUGGCGGUGGGGGUCAGUGUGGUCUGGCUGGUCACUAAAGACUACAAGGUAAAUCUUCACGUGUACUUAAAAGGCACAGAGAUGAUUUUUUCAUGUUGUUUUGAUUUCUGUGUGGUGGUAACAUACUGUAACUGUGUGUGUUUGAAGGUGUGGUUCAGGCGCGGUGUGAACUCCCAUAACCCCUGCGGCUCUGGGUGGAUCAGCAUUGGAGGGGAGAUGAUGAUGGUGGAUGUAGGACUCAAUGACCAGGUUUAAAGAUGAUUUUCUGUUGUUAUUCAACCUUUACUGUACAGUGGACUGAAUGAAUUCUAAGGGCCCCAGUACUAAACUCAGUCACACAAAGGAGUCAGAUGCAAAUUCACCAUCUUUAAAUCUCCAUAUUUGCUCUAAAUGGGAUCCAGGUUCUUAUAGGAAUUAAUCAAAAAUGGAGUUUUGGUGCAGAUUCAACAAACAAAAUUCUCAAUCUCAUUAUACAAACCAAUCUUUUUGUGGCAUAAAUUCACCUAAAAUUUGCUUUAUCUUUCCAUGGUUUCUUGCUGCACAAGUCAAAAUGUCACAAAAUCUACUUAACUUGAUAAUAUCUUCUUUUAAGUGUGAGGAUAAAACAUAGUCCCUAAUUCCUACCUUUAGUAAUUUUGAGAAAACAAUAAAAAAACAUGUUCUGUGUUUGAUAUUGUCUCAGUAAUGAAGCUGUGUCUGUAAGUAUGAGAUGGAAAAAACUCAACAACAGCUGUAGGACUAAAGAUGGAAUGGACUAAAUGAAUAUUUUAUGGCAGCAUUAACAUUUAAACAAAAAGAUCAGGUAUAGAAAACCUGUUUACACUGUUUUAACCUCGUAAAAUCAUAUUUAUUGCAGUAUUUCUGCUCCUCUGGUUCCUCAAACCUCUCUCUACCCUCUCCAUGACCCGCCGCUCUCCCUCCUGAACGAGGCUCUUCAGCCCUGACGUUGGAUCUGGUUUCAGGAUAAGCCAGAUCUGGGCCUCUCUGCUCUGUAUCUCACUGCUGAGGACUUUGCUAGCACUGCAAACUCACAUCUCACACCUCCGCCCCUUCUGUCUCUCACCCCUGCCCCCUCUCACCCUCCCCUCUCUACACUCUCUUUUCCUCCAGCCUCUAGUCCCGUCCCGUAACUCGAGUACAGUCAGACGAUCCAGCCAAUGUCCCAGCAGCAGGCCCAGCCUUAUAUAUCCCCGGACUAUAUCCCCGCUGGCCUGUCAUAUGGGAGACUCCCUAAUUAGAAGCUGGCCAAGGCGUCGUCAUCAUAUCCCAUAUUUCUUAUUACAGGGCUGUAAUUAUGGGUAUGGCUUGUGUGAGGUGGCAGGCGCCAGUGUUACAGUAUAUGGCCUUAUAAAGUAGCAGUUGCCUUAGUCCAAAAAGUGCUCUACAAUACGAGUUUGAUUCUUAAUAUCUGAUAAUUCUGCCGUUUGAUUUUCCCUGAAUUACCUUUAACACCUUCAUAAAGAUCUCAGACGUGUCACGUGUCUGUUGUUUGUUUGUCAUACUCACCUCUGGUCUUCAUUGUGUCUUUCUCCGUUUCUGUGUCAGGUCUGGGCCGUAGGUGAGGACCGCGGUCUGUAUUUCAGAAUGGGUGUGACCCCAUCUGAACCCAGCGGGAGCGGCUGGAUCCCAGUUUCCGCUCAGUGGGGGAACAGUCAAGAGGUUAUCCCGCCAAGGUCUGUUUCCGAAACAAAACUGAGUGUCUUUACCGCAGCGAGGGUUUUUGUUUGUAUCUGUAAAAAAAUAAAAUAAAAUGUCUGAGUUUAAAUUAUAGACAACCUACUACGUCGAAAGAAUGCAAGCAUGAAUAAGGUUUGUAUAUUUUGAGGUACAUGUAGUUUUAAAGGUACGUUUUAUAGUAUUUAUCAGCAUUUAGAAGAACAGAUGUGGUAUCUAAUUUUCAGAAGAAGAGCUUAAGUAAGUGAGCAAACUUUAGUCAUACAGCACAGGGCUUGGUAAAAACAAAAACACCAAAAUGAGCAAAGUCUGAAGAUCUAAAGGCUGAGUCUAAGGUUGCCAUCUUGCACCUUCAUGUUUCUACGGGAGCACAGAGCGGACAAACUAGUCACAUUUGCCUUUUUUUAAUUGUGGCUGAAUAAACCAGUAAGAAAACAGAGGAACAAGAAUUUGUGUUAAUAGACGUUUUCUGAUUGUGAAAAACUUGCAGAUGAAGAAUUGCUCUUACUCAGCAUCACAGCUUUUUGUCCUUGAGGGCCUACAUCGCUGCUAGAACUUCACUAACAGGAGAGAGGAGAAUCUGAAAGCUCUAAAACUUCAAAUCUGUCCUGUCCUGUCACACACACCUUAGACCGUAAAUCCUUGGGUUGUAUUACUUUUUAUUGACCACCCGCGCUAAGUCGUAUCCCAUAAUGCAUGGCGGGGAGACAGAUUUUCUAACACCUAACUUACCGUUUCUUCUCUCUCUUUCAUUAGAAAUGAGCGGAAUUUCAGCGCUCAGCUCACAGAGGCCUCGCAGGGUUCAGUUCUGAGCUGCACCGACUCAGACUCAGAGUUGGGUCCACCUGAUCCACAAAAUAGCACCACAGACACACCGGUCCUGGAGGCAGCAGCAUCCUCUGUGGUUCCUUUAGGGGCAGCCGAUACACCUUCACCUCCUCUAAAGACCGAGGACACACCCUCAGCCCCCCACCAGGACGCCCCCAAACCGUUCAUCCCCGCCAGCGACAGCUUCAUCAACAGCCUGGUGUCAGACCGAGACAAAACCUCCUCACAGCCGCCGUCCAUCACAGAGGCUCCGCAGGAGGAUGCGGAGGAGCUGUCCACGGCCCCCGUGCUCCUGACCCCUGAGACCGCGGGACAGGACGUCCCCUGGAUGAACGUGGACCUGGAAGGAGCGGAAGCAGCUCGCAUUGCGCACUCAGCAGCGCUGUCAUCUGGGGACGGUGGAGCUGCCGCCACCUACGCACUGGGGACUCUGGAGACGUCUCAAGGUGUGGGUGAAGAGGACGGGCCGGUGUGGACCUGGAUCUCUGGAGGGGGGUGUGACGUCACUGCGGAGUCACAGAUCAGCUGGCUGAGUCCUACAGGUACAAAAACAACCUGGAAGCUCACCCUGUGUUUACGAAAUACAAAAAACUACUUCAGCACAAAAAGUUCGUUACUGGAGAUUUACAAACUCUGUAAGAAGUAAUAAUCACAGGUUUGGUCACGUUGAGUCGGAUGUCAGUUGAUUUAUUGUAUCUAUCUGUCUGUGUUGUCUGCAUGUCGACUCUGUGUGUGUUUACAUCCAUAAAGAUAAACCGUGUGUGUCAUCUCGUCCGUCUGUCUGUCUAAACAUGUCCGUCUCUCUGUCAGGUCCCCUCACCAGCUCUCUCUCACUGACUCCGGUUCAGUCUGCCGCCUGGAGCGAACAGCAGCAGCAACAGCAGGAGCACAAAGAGGAGAUCAGCAAGAGACCGCUGGAGAGGAGUAACGUAAGAGCUGCUUUCGUUGUUACCGUGGAGAAUCUCACGUUCGUGCCGCGUUUCUGUUUGAGGCUUUAACAUCUUCCUCCACAUGUCGUCUCCUCAGUCGGUGUGGGUGCGCAAAGGCUCGCUGCGCUGGUGGAGAGACUGGAAGCCUCAGCGUUGGGUGGAUGUGGGCGUGGCGCUCGAGCAAUCCACCAAACCUGACGGCAAAAAGGACAGCAUCUUCUUCGUCUACUACACACAGUACGAUGAGAAAAAGGUCGGUCCUGCUGUGGAGUUUCAUUAAAUCAUGAUGUCAUGGGCACAGACUCUUCACUCACAGGUGCUUUUUCCUCCUCUCAGUACCUUCAUGUGUUCAUAAAUGAAGUGACGGCGCUGGUUCCGGUGCUCAGGGACUGUCACUAUGCCUUUGCUGUGUACACGGCCCAAAGGACCAAACUGAGGUGGCCUCUGGUGCUGGCGGCGAGCACCGAGAGAGACAUGAAUGAAUGGGUGAGUGCGGACUAACCUUCACCUGUGAGAGCUCACCUCUGUCCACUGACCUUUGACCUCUACUCUGUCUGUAGCUCAACCUUUUAUCCGACUGCUGCUGUGAGUGUCGAGGGAUCACCGGUCCUCCCUCCAGACACGUCUUGUGGUCCACAACCUCAAAGGGGGACAUCAUGGUGCAUGAGCCAUCCUUCUCCUUAGAGGCCUCCUCACAGACACCCGCCUGUGACCUCAUGUGAGACCAAAGCGUGUUUCUUCUUCUUCUUCUUCUCUGAUGGUCCUUAAUCAGCUGAUACUAACACGCUUGCUCUCGGUUCUGCUCAUGUCUGCUAACUCUAUGUUGGGUGCUCCCGCUGUGUGGUGCUGCAGGUUCUGGCGGCAGGUCCCAGGUCACCUGCGCUGCGUAGAGUCUAACAGCCUGGGGCUGGUGUGGGGCAUCGGGUGGGACGGCACUGCCUGGGUGUACAGCAGGCGCUUUGGGCAUCAGCCCCCCCAGGGUAAACACGGACGGCCCUGUAGACCCCCAGGCAUUUGUUCCCCCCUUUUUUAGACACUUUACUUUGAAGCUGAUCUAAAGGAAGUGGAUUCAAAACAAAAUUACCCUUAGAAUUUGUCUCGUUUACAUUUCUACACUAAUUGCUCAGUGCAUGCAGAAUAAUCUCUGCUGAAAUAGUUUCUGUUUGCCUUUCCAACUAAAAGAGAAAAAAUCUUCUUGCUUAAAACUUUUAUCCAUAUGCAUUCACCCCAAGACUCCACCAUCUGUACUCAUUCUGCAAGUGUAUUUAUGAUAUUUUAUCCACAUUUGCAGAAGAUGCCGUUGAGAUGCACCAGCAGACCGAUGCCAGGAGUGUCCAUGUGUACGAGAAUCAAAGAUGGAACCCCAUGACAGGAUACACAGACAAGUAUGGACAUUUUUUCACUCAACGGUUCUACUUUGACAGGAUUGUGUUUUCGGACGCUCUGAAACUGGAUCUGCUUUGUUUUCUUUCGCUGCAGAGGACUUCCCACAGACCGCCCCAUGUGGAGCGAUGAGAGCGGCCUGAGGGAGUGCACCAAAGGGAACACACACCCGCCCUCCCCUCAGUGGUCCUGGGUAGGGGGGGAUUGAUUCAGACUUGUUCCUGCAUACUCACCUUUAAAUCUCUGUUGCAGUCAGUCGUAUAAACCAGUCUUAUGUCUCUCCCACCAAACCAUGUGUCCAGGUGUCAGAGUGGGCGGUGGACUUCAGCGUCCCUGGAGGAGCAGACAACGAGGGCUGGCAGUAUGCGGCAGACUUCCCAGUGUACGUUGUGUCUGUCUUGCAGGAUGUUUUCCAGAAAGAAAGAAAAUAAAUGUGGGUAAAUCGUCUGAUUAUCUCUGUUACAGGACGUUUCACGGCCACAAAACCAUGAAAGACUUUGUCAGGCGCAGAAGAUGGACCAGGUGAUCAGACGCUCGCCGUCGCUCCUCUUUGUUACUUCCUCUAAAUUCAUCACCUGAAUACUCACACACUCUGCUGCUUACAGGAAGUGUAAGAUCACAGUCAGAGGUCCGUGGCUGCAGGUCCCGCCCAUCCCUCUGAGUGACAUCUCGGUGAUGCCGUGCCUGGCGCAGUGCAGGAUGGAGCAGGUCCCCGUCUGGGCCCUCAGUGACAAGGGGGACGUUCUGUGUCGACUGGGAGUCAGCCCCCAAAACCCCGCAGUGAGAACGGAUCUCUUCCUACUAUAACCCUACAGAAAAGUUUUAAAGCACACCCGUCAUGCAGGCAGGAUGUGACUAGAGACAUUAGACAGCUUGACUGCAGUCGAUCCUUAAAAGCUAUCAAGAGGGAAAAUUACUGUAUCGUCUGCAUACAUAUAAAUAUUACAUUUACCACCAUGGAAAGCAGAUCACAUCUCUUUAACUCCACUUUGUUUGUCUCACAGGGAAGCUCCUGGCUGCACGUAGGCACCGACCAGCCUUUUAAGUCCAUCUCCAUCGGUGGAGCCAACCAGGUGUGGGCCAUCGCCAAAGACGGAGCCGUGUUCUACCGAGGAUCUGUUUCCCCACAAAAUCCCGCAGGUUUGAGAGAGAGCUGUUAAACUCUGAAAAUCUUUGAGUGGAUUUUCUGUAAAACGUCUUCUAUCUGCCCCAAAGAAGGUUUAGUAGAACCGUUUGUGUCUCUACAGGAGAGUGCUGGUACCACAUCCCGUCUCCACCCAGGCAGACCCUCAGACGGCUGUCUGUGGGAAGGACCUCUGUCUUUGCUGUGGAUGAAAACAGUGAGCACACUUCAACUUUAUUUGGACCAAAGACUCUUAAAAAGUAGAUUUAUGGACUUAGAUCUAACCCCCUUUGUUUCACUGUGAAGGUAACUUGUGGUACAGGCAGGGCCUCACCCCCAGCUACCCUCAGGGCUCUGCCUGGGAGCUCAUCUCCAACAAUGUCACCAAGGUUUCUGUGGGACCACUGGACCAGGUCAGUGACUCUGCAUCUAGGCCAGAACUCACCAUGGAGUCUUUAUCUAACGGAUGUGUCUGUGCUGAAUCUUCUCCAGGUUUGGAUCAUAGCAGAUGGAGUUCCCGGUUUCCCCUCUGAGACACCUGGAGCUGUCUGCCACAGAGUCGGGGUGGGACCCAUGCAGCCCAAAGGCCAGGGCUGGGACUACGGGAUCGGGGUGAGUUCAUCUUCUGUGUUUCUUCUUCAUAGAUCUGUGUGGAUGUUCCCUUUCAUUUUCUGUGUGUUUGACCUGCAGGGAGGCUGGGAGCACAUCAGCGUGAGAGGAAACUCUGCAGAAGCUCCCCGCGCCCCCCACCCUCAGCCUGCAGGAACCCCACGCAGCCCGCUCCCCUCGCGGCCCCCUGCACAAGUGAAUGGGAACGCCGUGGGUGUGUAGCAACCCUCAUCCCCUCCUCUUCUUCCUCCUCCUCCUCUCCUCUUCCUGCAGCCCUGUUUGUGCCUGGAUCAAACAUUGGUGUCCUCAGACCGCUCCCACAGGCCCUUAUCCCUUCUUGCAGAGGGAAUGCACAAACCGCAGAGUUUCUCCUGAGUGUGUGAAGGUUGGGUUUGAUGGAUGAAUGUUGAAACCUGGCUUGUUUUCCAGGCCGAGGUCAGGUCAGUAUGCAGUGAUGGUUACAGAGAAAUGGGAGCACAAGAAGCGUCCUGAUCUUGCAUGUGUUUGCUCUUUCCAGGCUUUGGUUACCGGGUGUUUGGGACCUAGCAAUAGCUUUUAUUAUAUAACAGAAAACCCUGUGAAAACCUGAGCGGGUGGGACUUUGACAAAGGGCUAAGGCUCGGGUACCAACCUAACUUUGAACUCACAAUUCCACUGUAGCCUCCACUGUCAGCGUUUCUAGAGUCUCGUCUUUGCCUGUCAGACAUCUGCAUGUGACUUUAUUUAUUUUAUUUAUAACUCAUGGAUUGUGUAUUUGAUUUCUCCACGUUCUGGGCUAUUAUACGUUUGCAACGGAGUGUUUUUUUGGCCCGUAUUUCUACAAACCAGCCUUCUUAUUACUGAAGGAUUUUUCAAGAAACUGACACAAUUUGAGAUCGCCGUUCUUCAGGAAAAUAAAGCGCGCUUUAACCACCAACACUACCACCACCGGUGACAGGAGAGACGAACACGGAAAGUUGAGUCCAGAUGACACCUCUCUGUCCGCCUCCAAUAGAAAAGCCCUUCCUGUUAGUGUUUUAUCCUCCACUAUGAAACGACUGUGACUGUUGAAGCAGGUCUGAGUCUCAGCAGAGCUCAGCAUUCAUCCUCCAAGGGCAUUGAAAUGUGAAAUAAAAGUUUGAAACCAACAAA